AUGGCUGGUCCGAGUACGCUCCGCUCUCCAAAUCGAUACAUCACAACACUGGACGAAUCCGGAAGAUCUGUCCUAUCCUCUACUAUCCCAGCCCCAGACUUGCCACUCUUCGAAAUACCUGGCGGGGGACCACGUAUAUCGUUAGUCUACGCGACCAACCGCUUUCCCGUCAAGCUCGAUCCGAUUGAGGACUUGGCCACGUACAAUGCCUUCUGCUCGGAACUGCCGCCCAUGUGCCUUCCACAAGGUGUGAUCAUCCGCAUUGUGGACAUACCUCCCAGUUACACGUCGGACAUGCAUCGAUCGGUCAGCAUGGGGUACAACACCGUGGUGGAAGGAGAAGUUGAGCUGAUCCUGGAUUCGGGGGAGUCGAGGCGACUUCUUCCAGGUGACACGGUCGUACAUCGCAUGGACAAUCAUGCCUGGCGCAACAACAGCACAACGCAAUGGGCAAGGCUGCUGGCAGUUGUGACACCGAUUGAGGGUGGCGUGGCGGAUGGGCACAAGCUGCCGGACAGCAGUGUUCCGUUCAAACAAUGA